AACUGGCGUAUAUUUCCACCUCAACAAACCAGCAGAACUAUCACAAAGAGCUAUCGUGGGUGGACAAAACAGACAAAUGGUAGCUGAAACCUCUUCAUUGUUCCAUGAUCCUUGUCUCAGAUUCAUGGAUAUGUCCAGCAUAAGACAACACUGCUGUUCUGCAUGCUCUGUCACCUUGACAGCUACAGAAAGGACAAUAAACAAUCGAGAGAAACAACAGUGGCAACAUGCACAAUGCCAGAACAGAUUCAGAACAGUUAAUCCCAAUCCUACAUAAUAUCCCAUACAUUUCUUAAUGGAACUCCUUUUCUCCUUAGCCAAAUAGGAAUCAAGCUUAGAUCAUAAAAUAUUCAGAACGUCAAAACUAGUUAAACGAUCUUUUCUUUCCAACUUUUAAACCGAAGAAUAAUCUUUCUUCCCAGAGCUAAAUGGAACAGCCGCAGCCAUGAUUUUCGUAGUGGGUGCCAUCGAAACUUUCACUUGCGGACACCAGUAUUGGUCCAGCAUCGUCCGGAAAGAAAGAGAAGAUACCGACGGUACCUCAAAGGAAGGGCAAUGCAUUGCCGGACCAGACACAACAUGGAUCAAACACAUCAGCGAAUGCAACGAGUGUAAAAUCAAUGAUCUUGACCAUGACCAAGUCACCAUUUCCCCACCACCAAGUCCUUUGCUCGAUCCGCCUGACAAUCUUAAUGAUAGUCGUGGUGGUGUAACGGAGUACCGUUGUGGACACCGUAGAUUCUUCACAAGAGACGAAGGAGGACUUCCCGUUCUCGGAAUGGACAAGCUUGGUUUCUUGUUAGCCAAAUCACGCGAUGACUGCCCCCGCUGCGAACAUGAGAAGUUCAAAGACGAAUUCAGAGACGAUUUCAAAGGGGAAACCACAAGCACAUUGUCCCAAGCCCUCACUUUCCCUACAGUAACCUCGAGAAUGACCAGGCCAUCUCAACGACAAGACGAGGAAAGCCCACCAAUGCGCAUGUCUCAGCUACGUCCGCAACGUGGUAUGGCCAUUGGACGAUCAUUUGACGCACGACUUGAUCCAGACGAAGGAAUCAACUUGGAAUCGGCCAGGCACAGGGGAUAUCAGCAGGCUGUCGAUGAGAUGAUGCUCAGCAGUACAUUUGAUCUUUCACCGGAAUCUAAUCGUCAGAAGAGAAAACAAAGCAAAACAGAGAAGAUCAAGGCAAUUGGUAAGUCAAUUUGGGGAUCGAUCAAGAGGAAUAUCUGAAGAAGACGAAGGUAACGAAUUUGUCCUUUUUUCAUUUGUCUGGAGUAUUCUGGCGACGCUUGGUUGAUCUACGCGAAAAUUGGUUAGAAUUUCGUUGAAUUGAAGAACCCGGAUCCUACUCAAGAAUAUUAAAUUAUUUGGAUUUUGAAAAAUUACUUCCUGAUAUGCUAUGCAGAUGUAAUGAAUGUGACUUUUUUUGAUUAUCAGUAACGGAUAAAGGAUGAUGAAUAGGAGCGAGAGAGUCGCUCUAUUAUGCUCGAAAAAUAAGAGGCCAAUGGAAGAGCAAAAACCCUAGCUUGACUUAGACUUUUCAUGAACGCAGCAAUAUAAAUUUGACUUAAUCAUAGUUUGUAGCAGUGAAUAUAUGUUCAUGUACCGUAACACAUGGCUAUAACCACACGCCAGAGCAGUCCAUUUCAGAGCAUGGCCAACCGCAAAUUCUUGUGUUGCUUGAAGUUCUCAAGCUUCUUGGUAUGAGCUGAGCCGCCAUACAAAGAACAGUGAGAAAAAUGUAUGUCCCUAGCAAUGAAGACGGAAGUGCCUGUGCAGUACAUCAAAGAGUGCAGAGAGGCUCGAAUGUAUAUCUCGACCAUCUUCCCACAAUGGCCAUAAGUAUAAACAUGGAAAAACGAAAGCAAGCACCUCGAAGUGAAUGGGUCUGCUCAACGCGAUCACGAAGCUCUGUGUGAUUACUUUGAACCUCGAAGUGACGUGCUUGGCCAUGAAUUCGACAUAGUAUACCGCUGAAUUCGGAAUGCUAGGGCCAAGGAUGUGCACAUGAUGGCUGAACUUUUCAAUAUGGAUACUUAGAAUUGCUGAAUCCGUCGCUUCAGUUAAAUAUUAAGGGGAAAUCAAAGAUGAUUUAAUUCGUGUGCUCGGGCUAGAAUCGGGGCAAAGAUAUAAGAAGACACGUGAAAUUAAGGUUUUCGGAAGAUGGACAAUGCAAUGCGUGAAAAAGCCGAUGAGCCGGCAAGUACGGAAGAGAUGGUUAGAAAAGGGGAAUCU